AUGAGCCACCAGCAGCUCUAUUGGAGCCACCCGAGGAAGUUCGGACAGGGAUCCCACUCCUGCCAAGUCUGCUCCAAGCGCCAUGGCCUGAUCCACAAGUACGGCCUCAACAUGUGCCGCCAGUGCUUCUGCUAG